CAGAGGUGGUAUUUGCCGUUCUCUGAGCUACUCAAAAUUUCAGCUACCAGUUCUCCAGAACCUGUUAGAACCUGCUGGAUUUCACCCCUGCAAAAAAGCCAAUACAUCUUAGGCUGUAUCAACAGAAGGAUAAUAUCAAGAUCGUGUGAAGUGUUCAUAUUGCUUUAUACUGCACUGCCCCGUAAGAGGAAAGGAGGUGCUUCCUGUUAUUCUGAUUCAAAUCUCAAGCUGGUCACAGGACAGAAGCAGACUGACUAUGUUUCAGAGUGGCAGACUGUACAAGAUGGAUGGCCGUGCUUUGCUCUUGAGACUAUUUUUGCUGAUUUCCAUAGCAAUUCCUCAAAUUCAGAGAAGUGGCAUAUGUCUCAGUGGGGCAGAAAUCAGUGGAUUAAGUAAUAUGGAACAAGGCCCACUGGCAAAGUUCCCAAACACGAAGUCAGUGUCUAUUACACUUCAUGCUUAUUCUGGGACAACUGAAUCUCCCCAAAGUGGUACCUUCUCUUUCAAAAGUCUAAAUCUUACACUCCAGGAAAUUAAAGAAUUUAUAUACAAAUACCAUACCAAACAGUGUUGGGAUUUGUUUACUGAGCAGAUGGCCAAUAUCAGCAAACCAGAUUGGUGUGAUUGGAAGACUAUUCGCAGGCCAUACAGUCACCUGAGAAAAUGCUUGGAAAAUGGAGCUGAUAAACUGGAGCUUAACUACCCGAAUUCGAUGGCUGAGGAGUACAUCAUCAUCAGCCACCAUAACUACUUCAUCAAUUGCACCCUGCAGAAUCAACCUCUCCAAGACCCACCUGAAAAUAUUUUGCUGGCUCUCAUCAUAACCCCCAUCUGCCUUAUUCCUUUCUUAGUUGCUCUUGUUGUGUUGAAGAGCAAAGGUGGUGAGAUGCAAUUGAGAUGUCCAAGAUAACAUCAUGGAAUUACAUAAAGCUGCAUUUCUCUCCUUCAGCAAGAUGGAAUAGAAAAAAUACAGAAGACAUCUGCUAAGUGGAUCAAGAAAAUGAAUUGAAAGUUGGUUUAAGUUUAGCAAAAAGAAUAAUGAAGGACAUUCAUGACAAAAGUUAAUUAAAUGGUGAACAGUUAGUAGAAAUGACAACAUACCAUGUUUUCCCGAAAAUAAGACCCUGUUUUAUAUUUUUGUGAACCCUGAAAUAAGCACUUGGCCUUGCCAUGAACUCAAAAGCCCAAUUGGGCUUAUUAUCAGGGGAUGUCUUAUUUUGGGGGAAACAGGGUAGAAGAGUUCAACUAUGGCCAUUGUGUGAUAUUCUUGUAACUAUUUUUAAAAUGCAAUGCAAUUACAUUUUUCUAUACUAGUAGUAAAGUACUAUUGAGACAAACUAGAGCUAUUGGCUCUUUCACUAUUAACUUCCUCAUUGCAUCCUCUUAUUUUUUUCUCUUCAACAUUUUAGUAACAACAUUGAUUUUAACAAACCCCAACAACAUAAUACUAUCGCCUGACCAUGGCACUCUAACAUAAACUCUAGAAGCUAUAUACAUUUUUCAUAAAAGCAACUUCCUUUCCAUUAUGUGUCCUGCAAAGGAAGACAUUUAGAUCAGUUCAAAAACUAUGUUCAAUAUUUUUUGGAGAUUGAAGAUGUAAGGAGCAGUAAAACUUCUACAGUUCUUCAGUGCCUCUUAUCUUUCACCUUGAUAACCUUUGUAAUGACUCCUUUUUUGAGUAAUUCUUAAGUUGAAAUAUCCUGGCUCCCAAAUGAGAAACAUACAGAAAUUACUGAAGAAGAACAGCAGAUACAACAGAUCAGCAGAUGAAUAAACUGGCAGUUUUACUAGACAUUCAUUCAUUUAUCAUAAUUGUUUUCCUGAGACACAUAUAUUUGUCUUCCUUCAUCUUUUUUAAGAAGUGAACAUUUGAUUAUUCUUUUUCUGUAGCUUUUUCUUUCAGUAUUCAUAAUACUAUGUAUGCAAAAGAAAUGAAAACUGAAAGAAAAUCAGUAAUUAAAAUAGGCCUCAAUGCCAGAGAAUGUUUCCUUGUCAUGAUUCAGAUAUCCUAUAACUGAAAUUGCCGAAAAAUCACUGAUUUUCAGGAGUGUGAUUUUUGCAUGUAGUCAGGAGUUGCUAAUACGUAUCCUUUCUGUGUAAUUCCUUUCAUAGGGAAUAAUUUCCCUUUUUGUGCUUCAAAUGACAAUGAAGGUUAUGGUAUUCUGUUAAAGUUUCUUUGUGCUAAACACUGCUUUCUUAUUUUAAUUUUAUUAUGACAAUGUAUUCACUUUAGUCUGAUUUUGUUCUCUUUCAUUUUUGUAUACCAUCUGAGGGACAGUGCAGUGAUUUAUUAAUAUUUCAGAUAAAAUAAACAUAGAACAUAGUAAGCAAA